GUGGCAUGAGAUCACGCCUACCACUAUUCCGGGAAUGACGAGGAAGCAGCAGUCCUGACUCCUGGCCGAGCCCCGGUUAUAGCUCCCAGCUUGGAGCAUGAUCUCAUUCACAGGCGCCCGCUUUAUAUAUAAGCAAAGUUGAGGCUGCCAAACUCAUUAGACGCGUGCAGUUGGCUACCGAGCAAACUCAGCUACAUUCAGGGAGUUCUAACAACCAUCCACAACAUGGUGAUGCUGCGAGUUGAAGAUCUGGUGACCGGCAAGAAGAGCUCGGGUACAGCCGGCGGCUGGGAGGCAGCUUCGCGCAGGGUGCAAGAGGAAUAUGGAAACGGAGGAUACUCUUCCGCGGUGGCGAUCGAGAAACAAGAUGACCUGAAGACUCAGACAGAGCCAUUCCCCUUCAUACCCAGCCACAAGCAUCAGAAGGAGAAACUCCAGCCUGUGGCUCACAGCAAGAAUAUAAAAUCGCUGGACCAGAGGCUGAAGCUUGAAACUCUAGAUGAUCUUCAAUUCAUCGUGCGGUUGAAAAAGAAGAAGAAAUCCAAGACUAUUGUCGCGGAGCCACCAAAGGAGCAAGAACCCGAAAUUAUAAGUGAAGUUGUGGAUGUGGAAACGUUCUGGAAGGCAGCACUGGAGAACAAGCCGCAGGUGGUGGACAAAUACCUGGCCGAUGGCGGCCUGCCCGAUGCGUGUGACCAGUUUAACAGGACCGCCCUGCAUCGUGCUUGCUCAGAGGGAAAUGAGGAGAUUGUGCUGAAACUCUUGAACGCCGGAGCCUCCAUGGAGUUUCGCGACAUGCUCAACGGGACAGCGGUGCAUUGGUCUUGCCGCGGUGGAAGUCUGGAAGUUUUAAAAACAUUGUUAAAUAAAGACGCAGCUGUUAAUGCCAGAGACAAGUUAUGCAGCACUCCUUUGCACGUCGCUGUCAGAACCGGACAUUAUGAAUGUGCUGAGCAUCUCAUUGCGUGUGGAGCAGAUCUGAAUGCCAGAGACAUGGAAGGAGACACGCCUAUGCACGAUGCAGUGCGACUGAGCCGUUACCGACUAAUGAAGCUGCUGAUGAUUUACGGAGCCAAACCCACAUUAAAAAACUGCAAUGGACAAACACCACUAGACCUGGUUCUUCAGUGGCAAACUGGCACCAAGGAAAUACUUAACCAAUUUGUGGAAACCUCGCAUGCUUCAUCAAAAUGAAGCUUGUUGCAUUGAAGAAUAAAGUGACCUUCUUUCCUUCACCCCCAAGGAUGCCAGGUGCAUUCUUAUGCUCCAAGUUUGUGAGAACUUCAACACAUUCAUUAGAUGCACAAUAUUUGAAUUGUUCAAUAAUGAAAGCUCAAUAUAACAAAAUCUGUGAAAUUGCUUCAGUUCAUGAAUAAUGACAAUGAACUUGGACAAAUGGAAAGUGAAGAUUUUUUUUUGGUUAAUGAAGGCUGAGAUUUCUGCUGACUUUCAACGGUCAGUAACAAGGUUUAUUCUGAAAGUAGGAAAUUGAUGGAACACGAAUGGGGAACACUGAAAAAUGGAAAGUCAGAGUGGUCUGCCUGUACAGGACUGAUGUUUUAGAUAUAAUGAGAGGGAUUAGGUGCCUUAACAAUUUAAUAUUUUAUAAUCAAUUAGUAGUGAAACUACGUCAAGGUUACCAUCCCUCCAUAUAUCGAUUAAGAUGGAAAUUCUGCUGUCAAAAGUAAUUUCUUAAAAGAUAGCUGGAUUUGAAACUGGGUUCUUGGAUGGAAUGUAGGUAUAUGUGAGACAUGUAUGUGGAAAGACAAUCAGCAAGAAUAGAUGACAAUAUAAACUGCAAGUGUCAAAGUGAUGGACUGUAUUUAUGAUGUAAAAUUUGUACAUUUGUUUUACAUGUGUAAAUUUUGUAAACAUUAAGUAUUUAGUAUAAUUUAUCUGCAACCAGAGAAACAAGGUUGCUUUUGAUGAUAGGAUAUGAUUCCAAAGCGUGGAUUAAAAUAUGUAUUUUCUAUCAUACUGGUGAUAAAGGACUAUAAUAGGAGGAUACUGUGUAAUAGGAUACUGGUGAUAAAGGCCUAUAAUAGGACAACUCUCCGACUUUGAUAGUGGUUCCUCAGGGCAGGAAGACUUUAGAAUUUGAUACAUCAAAUCAAAGGUAAUCUGGCCAAAGGGAACGUAACGUAACUGAAGUACAAAUGUGACCAACAUCAUUGGUCAUAGUUCAGCUCAUGCAUCCACUUGGUGAUUUGGGAUGUUUGUGGGUGGUUUGCCUGGGAAUACAUGUGAUCUGAAGUAGCAUUGUGGAGUCUCAUAAUGAUUGCCUCAUGUCUAUUGCUCACAUUAAGUUAGAAUUUCUCAACUUAUUUAAAAUUAUAUUGAUUUAUUUUAAAACAAUAUAUACUGCACUAUUUAUGCGCUGGAUUUAUUUAAACAAUGAAAACCAAAAUGUAAACAGAAUAAAAAUAAACGCAUGAUUGCGAUCUUUUCCAUCA